AUGUUCGGGAAACCAGACAAAAUGGACGUUCGGUGCCACUCGGACGCAGAGGCUGCCCGGGUCUCCAAGAACGCGCACAAGGAGAGCCGGGAGGGCAAGGGCGCGGAGGGGAACCUCCCCGCCGCCUUCCUCAAGGAGCCGCAGAGCGCCUUCUCGGCGUCGGGCGCGGCGGAAGAUUGCAGCAAAAGUAAAUCCAAUUCCUCAGCGGACCCGGACUAUUGCCGCCGGAUCCUGGUGCGAGAUGCCAAGGGAUCCAUCCGAGAGAUCAUCCUGCCCAAGGGCCUGGACCUGGACCGGCCCAAGAGGACGCGCACGUCCUUCACGGCGGAGCAGCUCUACCGGCUGGAGAUGGAGUUCCAGCGCUGCCAGUACGUGGUGGGCCGCGAGAGGACCGAGCUCGCCCGGCAGCUCAACCUUUCCGAGACCCAGGUGAAGGUCUGGUUCCAGAACCGGCGCACGAAGCAGAAGAAGGACCAGGGCAAGGACUCGGAGCUGCGAUCGGUGGUGUCGGAGACGGCGGCCACGUGCAGCGUGCUGCGGCUGCUGGAGCAGGGCCGCCUGCUGUCGCCGCCCGGCCUCCCCGCGCUGCUGCCUCCCUGCGCCACCGGCGCGCUCGGCUCGGCGCUGCGCGGGCCCAGCCUGCCUGCCCUGGGCGCGGGCGCGGGCGCGGGCGCCGCCGCGGGCUCGGCUGCCGCCGCGGCAGCCACCGCCCCGGGCCCCGCCAGCGCCGCGUCCCCGCACCCGCCGGCCGUGGGCGCGGCUCCGGGACCCGGGCCCGCGGGGCCGGGGGGACUGCACGCGGGCGCGCCGGCCGCCGGCCACGGCCUCUUCAGCCUGCCCGUGCCCUCGCUGCUCGGCUCCGUCGCCGGCCGCCUGUCCUCCGCCCCGUUGACAAUGGCUGGGUCGCUGGCCGGGAAUUUGCAAGAACUGUCCGCGCGGUACCUGAGCUCCUCGGCCUUCGAGCCGUACUCGCGGACCAGCAAUAAAGAAGGGGCGGAGAAGAAAGCGCUGGACUGA